AUGGAUGCUAAAAAGUUGUUAAAUCAAAAAAACUUUAUAAUAAAGAGCAAAAAAAUCACCCAGCUGGAAAUAGAUAAUAUAAAAGAACAAAUUGAGAAACUAAUGCAAGAUAAUCGGGAAUGCAUAUCUAGAGACCAACCAAUAGGAAACGAAAAUCCUAACAUAACUGCACCAGUAGUGGAAAUAGCUCAAGAAGGGUCGAUUGAAAUAAUAGGGGAUGAAGUGCAACUACAGAAUACAAAUGCAGAUAGAGAAACGAAAGAGCUUGAAACUAAAAUUAGAGAUGAAUUUUAUUUGUUACAAUCAAGAAGUCUUGAGAGCCGUAAAAGAAUACUAAAAAAAUCAACAAUAUAUUCGGCUAAUAUACAAUCCGCAAACAAAGCCUUAGAGAAUAUACUAGUGGAAAAUAAUAAUCUAGACUUAUUCCAAAUAAACGCACUUAUUUAUGCCUGUGCUUAUGUUGUAUCCACUGACAAUAAGCAAGCAGAACGUCACUACACAUUAACAUCGACAAAAAGUAAAGGCACAAGAAAACCACCACCGUGGAAAUUGCGAAUACAAAAGAAAAUAGAGAAAUAUAGAAAACUUUUAUCUCAACUGGCAAGUAUACAAUGGCAUAAUAUUAGUGUAAAACAGCGUCACCUACUGGAUUCUCAAUCUAUAUUUUCGAAUAAUACACUAGCUGUCACAAAGGAAAACCUAAAACAGAAAAUAUCAGCAUUAGCAUACAGGAUAAAAAGGUACGAAAAAAGAAACAAGCAAUUUAAACAAAAUAAUAUGUUCAAUCAAGAUAAAGGAAAGCUGUUUAGAGAACUGACACUUAAAAACUGCAAUAAUGAUAGUAUGUUGAAAUUUCCUGAAAAAAAUGAUGUGGAACGAUUUUGGAGAGGAAUCUUGGAGUCGGAUGCAAACUACAAUGAGAAAGCAAGAUGGAUAAAAAGAAAUAAGAAACUCACAACACCGAUGGAAUGGAAUCCCAUAACAAAAGAAGAGGUUGUAGCUCGUUUGAAGAAAGCUAAUAACUGGAAGGCAUCGGGUCCAUAUGGUAUUCCGAACUUCUGGUUAAAACGCUUACCAGCAGCUCACGAAUGUUUAGCCAGAAAUUACAACUAUAUACUAAAUAAUCCAGAAAACAUUCCCCAUUGGUUAACUGUCGGGCGAACAACAUUAAUAUUCAAAAGCGGUGAUACAGAAAAUCCAAAAAACUACCGACCGAUAACCUGUUUAAACACCAUAUAUAAAAUUCUUACUGGAAUUAUAGCUGAUAAAUUAUAUAAACAUUUAGAAAUACAGGAAAUAUUACCAUAUGAACAGAAAGGAUGUAGGAGAAAUGCUCAGGGGUGCAGAGACCAGGUAUUACUAUCUAACAUAAUUGCUGAAGAUUGUAAGCGACGGAAGAAAAAUCUAAGUAUAGCGUGGGUUGACUAUAAAAAAGCUUACGAUUCGAUCCCUCACAGCUGGAUAGGGAAAUCGUUGCAACUGGCUGGGGCUAAUGAUGUUAUUAUUCAAUUUUGA